AUGACUAGAGACAUUGUCUUUCUCAUUGAUGGAUCUGAUGAUGUCGGAAGCAGAUUCUCUGCUAUACGGGAAUUUGUUGCAAAAAUGGUUGACAGCUUUGACCUGGACCAAGGAAAAGAUAAAGUCGCUGUUGUACAAUACAGCAACAAUCCUGAGCUCAAUUUCAAUUUGAAUACUUACAAUACAAGAGAGGAGGUUUUUAAUCAUGUCACAAGCCUAAAACCAAAAGGUGGAAGGCCCCAGUAUAUUGGAAAAGCACUGCAGUUUGUGCGGGAUAAUGUCUUUGUUCCAAAUGCAGGGAGUCGACGUAAUGAAGGUGCCAAACAAAUACUUAUUGUAUUUGCUGGUGGAAGAUCUAAAGAUUCCCCACGUGGCCCAGCAAGUAUGCUCAAGGCUGCAGGGAUUGUCACUUUUGCAGUUGGAUCAAGAUUGUCAAAUUCAGCUGAACUGCAAGUCAUUUCCUCUGAGCGAAAUUAUACUUAUUCAAUUUCUGACUUUGUUAGUCUCCCUCGUAUACAGCAAAAUUUGAUGAGUCAUCUUAAUCAAGUGGGAGUUGAGGAGGAAACUGAAGGAGUGCAAAGUGAUGAAAAAGGAAGAGACAUAGUUUUUCUUUUGGAUGGAUCCGAUUCAACCAGAAAUGCAUUUUCAGCAAUUCAGGAUUUUCUGUACAACAUAAUUGAAAGAUUUGAAAUCGGGCUGAAGAAAGACAGAGUUGCUGUGAUUCAGUUCAGCAAUUUGACACAAGCUGAAUUCUUUUUGAAUUCAUUCACGAGGAGGGAAGAUGUUCUUACAGCUGUCAGAAAGCUCUCACACAAAGGCGGAAGACCCCUCAACACUGGAGCAGCCCUCCAGUAUUUGAGGGAUAAUGUCUUAACAGCCUCUGCAGGAAGCAGGCGCCUGGAAGGAGUUCCACAGGUGCUAAUAUUGCUAAAUGGUGGAAAGUCUUCUGACAACGUAGAUACCCCAGCCUCUGCUCUCAAACAGCAGGGUGUCUUUGUAAUUGGCAUUGGAACAAGCAGCUCUGACAUUAAUGAGCUGCAGAAGAUAUCCUCUGACCCUAGUCUCACUCUAUCAGUGACUGAGUUCACUGAGCUCCCCAGUGUCCAAGAACAGCUCUCCUCUGUAAUGAGCACAGUACUAGUGAGGGCCACGCCCGUGACACCAGCAGUAACCGGUAAGAAAUUGAACACCUUUUACAUUCCAAGAUCAGUGUAGUAGGCAAAUUGAACCAUGCUAGAGUGCAUUUCUCCUACUUAAGGUCAGCCAGUGCCACUUUUAUAUGACAGUUGUAAAAACUUUGACAGAGUCAGUCCUAAAAGUUGAGGUUAGCUUUCAUUGGUAGACUUUCAAACAGAAACCUUUUACGCUAUGACCUUAACAUGUCCCAAUUCUUAUGUUCCAUAGUGGAGAAACAGCCAAAGGGAAGAGAUUUUGUGUUCUUGUUGGACGGAUCUGAUGGUACUAGAACUGGAUUCCCAGCUAUGACAGACUUUGUCCAAAGAGUUGUAGAGACACUCAGUGUGGAUGACAACAAAGACCGUGUCUCAGUGGUUCAGUACAGCAGAGAUCCAGCCGUCCAGUUCUAUCUGAACACAUACAGGACAAAGGGCGAGAUCUUUGACACCCUCAGAGGUUUGAAACACAAAGGCGGAAGACCCCUCAACACUGGAGCAGCCCUCCAGUAUUUGAGGGAUAAUGUCUUCACAGCCUCUGCAGGAAGCAGGCGCCUGGAAGGAGUUCCACAGGUGCUAAUAUUGCUAAGUGGUGGAAGGUCUUUUGACAGUGUUGAUGCACCAGCCUCUGCUCUGAAAAAAAUGGGUGUCUUGAUCUUUGCCAUUGGAACCAAGAGCUCUGAUAGCACAGAACUGCGGAAGAUAGCCCAGGAUCCAAGUUACGCUCUGUCUGUGCCUGAAUUCACUGACCUUCCCAGUGUCCAACAGCAGCUUCAGUCCUCUGUGGAGGAUGUGGUUAUUGACGUCACCCCAGAGUCACCAACUGUACUUGUUGACAGUGCCAAAAAGGAUAUUGUAUUCCUUCUGGAUGGUUCUGAUGGCACAAGGAAUGGCUUCCCUGCCAUGCGUGAUUUUGUUGAGAGAGUGGUGGAGAAACUGAAUGUGGGAGAAAACAAAGACCGUGUCUCUGUGGUCCAGUACAGCAGAGAUGCAGAGGUCCAUUUCUAUCUGAACACAUACACCACCAGAGAGGAUAUUGUGGAUUCGGUCAGGGGGCUGAGAUACAGAGGAGGCAGACCCCUCAACACUGGGGCAGCCCUCCAGUACGUCAGGGACAACGUGUUUACAAGCUCCUCUGGAAGUAGGCGCCAGCAAGGUGUUCCACAAAUGUUGAUCCUGCUAAAUGGUGGAAGGUCUUAUGACAACGUAGAUACCCCAGCCUCUGCUCUCAAACAGCAGGGUGUCUUUGUAAUUGGCAUUGGAACAAGCAGCUCUGACAUUAAUGAGCUGCAGAAGAUAUCCUCUGACCCUAGUCUCGCUCUAUCAGUGACUGAGUUCACUGAGCUCCCCAGUGUCCAAGAACAGCUCUCCUCUGCAAUGAGCACAAUGCUAGUGAGGGCCACGCCAGUGACACCAGCAGUAACCGGUAAGAAAUUGACAAAAUUUUACAUUCCAAGAUCAGUUUAGGAGGCAAAUUAAACCAUGUAUGAUUGCAUUUCACCUACUUAAGGUCAGCCAGUGCCACUUUGAUAUGACAGUUGUCCAAACUUUGACAGAGUCAGUCCUAAAAGUUGACGUUAGCUUUCAUUGGUAGACUUUCAAACAGAAACCUAAUUACGCUAUGACCUUAACAUGUCCCAUUUCUUAUGUUCCAUAGUGGAGAAACAGCCAAAGGGAAGAGAUUUUGUGUUCUUGUUGGACGGAUCUGAUGGUACUAGUACUGGAUUCCCAGCUAUGAGAGACUUUGUCCAAAGAGUUGUAGAGACACUCAGUGUGGAUGACAACAAAGACCGUGUCUCAGUGGUUCAGUACAGCAGAGAUCCAGCCGUCCAGUUCUAUCUGAACACAUACAGGACAAAGGGCGAGAUCUUUGACACCCUCAGAGGUUUAAAACACAAAGGCGGAAGACCUCUCAACACUGGAGCAGCCCUCCAGUAUUUGAGGGAUAAUGUCUUCACAGCCUCUGUAGGCAGCAGGCGCCUGGAAGGAGUUCCACAGGUGCUAAUAUUGCUAAGUGGUGGAAGGUCUUUUGACAGUGUUGAUGCACCAGCUUCUGCUCUGAAAAAGAUGGGUGUCUUGAUCUUUGCCAUUGGAACCAGGAGCUCUAAUAACACAGAACUGCGGAAGAUAGCCCACGAUCCAAGUUACGCUCUGUCUGUGCCUGAAUUCACUGACCUUCCCAGUGUCCAACAGCAGCUUCAGUCCUCUGUGGAGGAAGUGGUUAUUGACAUCAUCCCAGAGUCACCAACUGUACUCGUUGACAGUGCCAAAAAGGAUAUUGUAUUCCUUCUGGAUGGUUCUGAUGGCACAAGGAAUGGCUUCCCUGCUAUGCGUGAUUUUGUUGAGAGAGUGGUGGAGAAACUGAAUGUGGGAGAAAACAAAGACCGUGUCUCUGUGGUCCAGUACAGCAGAGAUGCAGAGGUCCAUUUCUAUCUGAACACAUACACCAAGAGAGAGGAUAUUGUGGAUUCGGUCAGGGGGCUGAGACACAGAGGAGGCAGACCCCUCAACACCGGGGCAGCCCUCCAGUACGUCAGGGAAAACGUGUUUACAAGCUCCUCUGGAAGUAGGCGCCAGCAAGGUGUUCCACAAAUGUUGAUCCUGCUAAAUGGUGGAAGGUCUUAUGACAACGUAGAUACCCCAGCCUCUGCUCUCAAACAGCAGGGUGUCUUUGUAAUUGGCAUUGGAACAAGCAGCUCUGACAUUAAUGAGCUGCAGAAGAUAUCCUCUGACCCUAGUCUCGCUCUAUCAGUGACUGAGUUCACUGAGCUCCCCAGUGUCCAAGAACAGCUCUCCUCUGUAAUGAGCACAGUGCUAGUGAGGGCCACGCCAGUGACACC